AUGGCGGAUCAAAGACCUAUUAUUCUUUGGUCCCAUCCGAGGUCUCUUUCUACGGUUUUUGAACGACCGUUUCUUCAAUGUCCUCAAGAAUUCCAUGUUAUCCAUGAACCACUCAAUCAAAUUGGUCGUGCUUAUAUGACCAAAAACUUUGAAUUUUUGAAUCAAAUUGCAUUGCCUAAACCUACUGAUCCCAUCACUUUUGUACAUCAUUUCUCGCCUGCUCUUAAUGAAAUUCUUUCUCCUUAUUACUAUAAUGAUGAUAAAUCACAUACCUUAAGAGUUUUUGUUAAAGAUCAUGCAUCCAACUUUUUAGAAGCAUUUGAAGGAAACUUAGAAGGAAACCCAUUAGGAUCAAAGGAAAUUCUUUCAAAAUUUAAACAUAC